UUGAUUAGGUUUAUGCGCUCAGUUCCCCGUCACACGAUGUCUUGGAUCUGACCUGUGAUCAUACUGACGCGCGAUGGCUCCUUUUGGAAAAAACUUUCUGAAGGCGCGUUUGAAGAACAGGUCUAAGCCUGUAGAGGAAACACCAGGCAAGGAAAUCCAGGUUCUUUUGUGUCGAGAAGAAAAAGUAGUCUGUGGCGUGACCAAGCACACAACCUGCGCAGAUGUAGUCAAGGCUUUAUUGGAGGACCACCAGACUUUACCAGAGAGUAAGAGGCUAUUACAUGGGGAACCUAAAGACUUCUGCAUCCUGGAACGGUGGAAGGGCUUUGAGAGAGCACUGCCACCUCUCACUCGAAUUCUUCGGCUAUGGAAUGCUUGGGGCGAUGAGAGACCUUUCAUACAGUUUGUCCUCAUGAAGAUCAGUGAUUUUGUGCCAUCAUCCAAAGGAGGCAAAAGAGCCUCAAAGUCUAGGGGAGCAAGGUCCAAAAGAUGGGAGCAAGGACCUGCGCAGUACGCCAAGACUGUAUCUGCGGAGAAGCAGAAGCGCAUGGUGAAGAAGGCCUUCCGCAAAUUGGAGAAGAUCCAGACAGCAGAGACAUCAGAGGGAUCAGAAGAGAUCAGUAAGCUGGUGCAGUUGAUCAUCUCACAGGAUCAGACCAUCCGGCAGCAGAUUCACCAAAUGCGUGAGAUAGACUUGGAGAUCGAACAUGCAGAGAAACCACCUCGCUCCAGCAUCACAGAAAGUGAUGGUGGCCAGUCGUUGUCCCAACUUGACAGUCAGCUUCAGGAGUACCUGUACACCAGUGAUGGACUUGAGCAACUAGAACUACAUGCUUGCAGGCACCAAGAACUCAUUGAUCAGCUCUCUCGAGAUAUUGACCUGGAGCUGAGGAACUGGACUUCAGAUUUAGAGGACUUGAAAGGAGCAGCAGCUGCAAGUCCAGAACUAGAGCUGGAACCUAACCUCUCGUUGUCCUCCUCAGAUCUCUUAGAGCUGGAAAGCUUACGCAGUGAACUUGAGUCAAGCAUGAGAGCUGGGCUUUCCCUCCAUGCACAAACGCAGGAAACCGAGAAGGAACUACAGCAGAACAAAACAGCCCUGCAGUCCCAGAACCAAGAAUACCAGCAUCUGGUUGCUCAACUUAAUGCACUUGAGCUGGGGGCCUGUCCGGACCAGCCUAGCCCUGUAUCUCUGAAGUCCCAGAUCAGGGCCUCUGUCUCUCAGCAGACAGCAGACAAGGUCAGGCUGACAUGCUCCCCUACAGAUGCGACAGACACGGACUCAGACACUGGAAUAAGCUCUACUCACAGUCAGGACUCGCUGUCUCCCUGUGUGGACAGGUCACCUCCACUGGACACUGACGUUUAAAUUCAGGAUUAACCAAUUGUGUUUUUAAGACAUUGUAUUUAAUGACUCCAACAAGGAAACACACAGUUGAAAGGGAUAUUCUACCCAAAAAUUAAAAUUCUGUCAUCAUUUACUCAGCGUCAUGUCAUUCCAAACAGAAGUUUACCAUUGAUUUCCACUGUAUGGAAAAAACACUGAGACAUUUCUCAAAAUAUCUUC